UGUGUGGGGGAAGUGGUGAACAGUGUCUGUUUUCUUCCGUUACUUUUUUCCCUGUCUCCCUUGUAUCUGUUUCUCUACCUUCUUCUUUUGCAUUCUGGAGGCCCAGGUCUAUAAAAUCAUAGACGAUCGGUUCUACUCUUUCUCUCGGUCUUCAAAAAGGAAAUCGAUUGAGAUUGCAGUACAGGUGCAAAAAAGGAAGAAAACAAGGCGAUCGGUUUGCUUAUCGCGGCUUGUUUACCUCACACCAAAGAUUGUAUUGUCUAUAGUAAAGAAAUGUUGGGAGGCAAUAACGGUAAUCGUGUGCUUCCCGGGUUUAUGGACGGGAAUCACCAUGCUUAUCAGACUAACACAACUAAUCAGCUGCAGUUAUUUGGAAACUUACCACCUCCUGUAAAUUAUUUUGGAAAUGAGAAUGCAACUUCGAUGAUUCGGCCCAAUAAACGCAUAAGGGAAACAGAAGAUGCCUCCAUGCAGCACAAACUACAGAUUUCAUUAAAUUAUGACAUUCAUCCAGAAGAAGCUGAUCGAUCGGCAAGCAUUCCAAAUGCCAAUCCUGUAUCAACUGGAUUAAGGCUGUCCUAUGAUGAUGAGGAACAUAACUCAUCUGUAACUUCUGCAAGCGGAAGUAUGACAGCGACACCAUCAAUGAUCUUGUCACUUGGUCACAACGUCCGGACUGAACUUGACCGACAGAAAGAAGAAUUUGAUCAAUAUAUCAAGAUUCAGGAAGAACAUUUGUCUAAGGGGAUAAGGGAUUUGAAGCAGAGACAUAUGGCUUCUUUCCUUUGUGCUGUAGAGAAAGGUGUGACCAAGAAGCUUCGAGAGAAGGACUUAGAGAUUGAGAACAUGAAUCGCAAGAACAUGGAAUUAAUUGAGAAAAUAAAACAGGUGGCUGCAGAAGCUCAGAGCUGGCACUAUCGGGCAAAGUACAACGAAUCAUUCGUUAGUGUCCUGAAGAGCAACCUACAACAGGCAAUAUCACAGGGUGCUGACCAAGGGAAGGAAGGAUUUGGGGACAGUGAAAUUGAUGAUGCAGCUUCAUACAUUGACCCAAGCAACUACCUGAAUCUUCCAGGACCUUCAAAACCCAGCUCGUGGAAGGAUCAUAUGGCUUGCAGAUCAUGCAAGGUGAGGGAGGUUUCCAUGUUGUUGAUGCCAUGUAGGCACCUUUGUUUGUGCAAGGACUGCGACCUUUUAACGAGUGCUUGUCCUGUAUGCCAAUCGAUGAAAACUGCCAGCGUCCAGGUAUAUUUGUCCUAAAUUAUGAAGCAAAAUGCUCAAAAAGAGUUCAAAAAUUAUUUACCCUCUGUGAAAUAUGCCAUACUUCUACCCUGGAGACUAUGAAAUGUAUAUGAAGUAUGAAAUGUAUGUGAAGUAACUACCAACUUAAAUUCACCAAAAGAAUCUGGGCCAUUGUUGCUUGGAUAUUUCCCGUUGUUUAUAAGUUUCAGCUUGGGUGUGUGCAUAAGCUUGUCCUUUUUUUUUUCCCCCUUGUGUAUCGUGGGAACUUCUCCAAGGCAAGGCCCUUGUUUGUCUU